AUGCUCCCUGCGGCCCAGUUCCUUUUCACAACAAGGAGACAACGCCAGUGGAAGAUUGUCAGAGGAUUUCAUCAGCAGGACAGAAUCAUUGCGAUGGUCUCAUUCAUAAACCUUUUAAUGGUAGAGCUGUGCAUCAAGGGACAGGAAUUGAAGCACCUGCGUGCUACAACAGUUCCUAAUGCGGGACGUCAACAGGUGGUCGCUUUGUAUAUAUCGGGUUUCAGGAACGUAUACCCACGAGAUUUCAGAGCUUCUCGUUUAAGAGAAAUAAAGAGCACUUUCAACAUCAUUUGGAUUGAUGGUCACCUACGCUCCAGUUUGCGUCAUUGGACUGCUCUUUCAAACGGGUUCAAUAUGUGA